AUGACAAUUGUAGAAUCUACUGGGAUUCUGGAUAACAAUAAGUCACGUUUAGUUGAUAAUAACGAAAAUGAUGGUGGUUGUUCACAAGUGUGGGGAGACAUUAAUUAUGAUGAAAGUAAUGAAAUGCAUAAAUAUGUCGAGAUGCACGAUGCCAAGGAUGAAGUGGACAUCAUAGAUUUGAUGAAUAUGAGCACACAUGAAUAUAUAAAUAACAUCACAUUAGUUGGAGGGAUGAUAUAUGGUGUACAAGGAAGUUUAUUUAAUUAUACAUGUGUUGAGGAAGACUUGGCAGGACAGGUACUUGAACUUGAAAAUGAAAGUACGGACAUGAACGUGAAUUUUUAUAUUAAUUUGGAUCCAGAUGUAUAUUGCGAAGUAGGAAAUGUUUAUGAAAAUACAUCAAAUUUAAAUUUUAAUAAAACUAUAGACACAGCUAGUAACAUGUGUGCGGUUUUGAGUCACCCUAUGAUUAUCGAGAACGAAGUGGGUGACUUUAAAUUAUAUAAUUAUUCAAAGAUUAGUAUGAAUGAAAAACAGGUGAACUUAUUUUCUAAAGGGUUUAACUUUGUUCUGUGUAGGAAAGGGGAUUUGGUUAAAUCAAUUAUGGAGUUAAAAAUGUUUACUCGUAAAUUAAAUUUAAAAACUUGGUUCAAUAUGUGUCCUGAUGAUGAAAACCUUUAUAGACAGAAAGACAGGGCACCAAAAAGAGCAAGUGCAUUCAAUCCACCAAUGAAUGACCAAAUAGCUAUUUUUGAAAGACUAAGCGAGAAUGAUAUGAGGAAAUUUUACAGGACUUAUAAAAAUUUAAUGCAUCACAAUAUGUCCAAAGAGGAAUAUGAGACAUUCAACAGUAUAAGGAAUGAGUCAAGCAUUAGGAUUAUGAAACCCGACAAGGGUAAUGGGGUGGUUGUGACUACUACACAAGAUUAUAUUUCUUAUAUGAUCGGCAUGUUGCAAGGAGACUCUUAUGAGGAAGUAAGUCUUAAUGAAAUAAAUAUUGCGUAUGCCAAGAUAGAUUUAACAAUUAAAAAUAUGCUACAUAAAGGAGAGAUAACAGAAGACGAAUAUAAUUAUAUGAAUAAUGAAUAUCCAGUAAUUAGUGGUAUAUUUGGCAUACCUAAAAUUCAUAAAGGAUUGGAUAACUUGCAAUUUCGACCUAUAGUCGAUGGUAAGAGAAAUAAGACGUGUUUUAUUAGUCAGUUUUUAGAUUACCACCUCAAGAAAUGUUUGACUAAGUUUCCUUACAUCAGCAAAGAUUCUUGGGAUUUUUUGGCGAAAAUUAAGGAGUUAAAAAUGAAUGAGGGUGACUCAUUCAUCACAGUUGAUGUAUGUAAUUUGUUUACUACAAUUCCACAGGAUAUCGGCCUUAUUUGGCUGGAGGAGCAACUACAUGAAACAAAGUUAUUUGAUCAGGAUAGGAUAAACAUGUUGGUGAACCUAAUGGAAAUAGUUUUAAUGAAUAAUUAUAUAUAUUAUGAGGGCAACUACUAUCAGCAGAUAAAUGGAGUGGCAAUGGGGGCAUCUUGUGCCCCCAUUUACGCUAACUUGAUUAUGAGUUACUGGGAAGUUAAUUACAUCUUCAAAACUGAAUAUUUUGAACAUAUUAAAUUAUAUACAAGAUACCUUGACGACAUAUUUAUUGUAUGGGAUGAGAGAAAGGAUAUGUUGGAAUCGUUUAUUGGGUAUAUUAAUAAUACGGUGAGGUUUUUGAAGUUUACCCACGAAAUUAGUGAGAAAGAAAUAACAUAUUUGGAUGUGAGGUUAACUUAUGAUAAGGAGUGUGUCAACAGGAAUGCAGAUUUCAGUAAGUUUAAGAGUCAAUGGUCAUCAUGUGGAAAAUGCCUUCAUCUUGAAUGUGACAAAGCUGUGUCAGAAACUCUGUCAAUCACAAGACAUGACCCACUGCUGACUGGAAGUAAACAUAACUUUGUAAAAAAGAAUGAAGACGUUCUCGGGAAAUCUGAACUAGAAAUGCAGGAUGAAACUGUCGGUGAGGAAAAGUCAUGCACCAGGAAUAAUUGUUGCAGCAGUAUGUUCACACUUCAUAGUGGGAAGAGAGAUGACAACACCUCGACAACAAAUGAACAAAUAAUCAGUAGAAAGACUGUUCCUAAAUGUGUCAUGGGUGACACUGACAGUCAGUUAGUCCCGAAUGGACAGAUGCCAUGUAAAUGUACUAUAUGUGACAAGAGUUUUACAGAUGAUCAAAGUUUUGCACAACAUCAAGUUAUCCACACUGCGCUGAAACCAUAUAAAUGCAGCAUGUGUGACAAGAGUUUUAGACACAAAAGCAACAUGGUAGCCCAUCAACUUAUCCACAGUGGGCAGAAACCCUAUAAAUGCACUAUAUGUGCUAAAAGCUUUACACGCAAAAGUACUGUGGUUACCCAUCAGCUUAUCCACACUGGGCAAAAACCUUAUAAAUGUACCCAAUGUGACAAGAGUUUCAGCCGCAGAAGUACUUUGGUGAGUCAUCAGAUUACACACAGUGGGCAAAAGCCCUAUAAAUGCACCAUAUGUGAUAAGAGUUUUAGAUACAAGAAUACCUUAGUAAGACAUCAAAGCAUCCACACUGGACUCAAACCACAUAAAUUAUCUGUACGUGUCAAGGGAUUCACGCAGAAGGGUAACAUGAUACGUCAUUAUACUCACACUAAGCAGAAACCUUAUAAAUGCACCACAUGUGAUAAGAGUUUUAUAUAUAAAAGAAGUGUACUAAUGCAUCAUUUGCUCCAUACUGGGCAGACACCAUACAAAUGUAAUAAAUGUAACAAGGGCUUUACUAAUAAGAUAGGUUUGGCAGUGCAUGAAAUUAUCCACACGGGCCAAAAACCUUAUAAAUGCAGGAUGUGUGAAAAGAGUUUUAGAUACAAGAUCACUUUGGAAAGUCAUCAGAGUAUCCACACUGGUCAAAAACCUUACAAAUGUGCCCUAUGUGACAAGGAUUUUCUAUGUAAGAGAAGUCUGACAGCCCAUGAAAGUAUACAUGCCGGCCUGAAACCCUUUAGAUGCGCUAUAUGUGACAAGGGUUUUAUGCAUAAAAGAAGUGUGGCAGUUCAUCAGGUUAUCCACACUGGGGAGAAACCCUUCAAAUGUGCCACAUGCAACAAGGGUUUUACACAGAAGUAUAGCCUGGAAAAACAUAAAUAUAUCCACGCCGACCAAAAACCAUAUAAAUGUGGUAUAUGUGACAAAGGUUUUACACGGAAAGCAACCUUGGUAAAACAUGAAUAUAUCCACAGUGAACAAAAGCCAUAUAAAUGUGUAAUAUGUGACAAAGGUUUUGCACACAAGAGUAACUUGAUACAACAUCAGUUUGUCCACUCUGAACAAAAGCCAUAUACAUGUUCUAUAUGUGACAAGGGUUUUGCAAAGAAAAGUAAUAUGAUAGAACACCAAUAUAUCCACAGUGAACAGAAACCCUUUAAAUGUGCCACGUGUGGUAUGGAGUUUACGCUGAAGUCUAACAUGGAAAAACAUCAAUAUAUCCACAGUGAGGAGAAGCCAUAUAAAUGCACUGCAUGCGACAAAAGUUUUAUGUGGAAAAGCAGACUUGCAAGCCACGAGUUUGUCCACAGUAAACAGACACCAUAUAAAUGCAGUACAUGUGACAAGGGUUUUAGAGAUAGGGGAAGCUUGACACGGCAUCAGAUUACACACACUGGGCACAAACCCUAUAAAUGUGCCACAUGUGGGAUGGAUUUUACAUUGAAGUCUAACAUGGAAAAACACCAAUAUAUCCAUACUGGACACCAGCCAUACAAAUGUACCAUGUGUGACAAGGGUUUUAGAGAUAAAACAAGUCUGACUGCACAUGAGAAUAAACACAGUGGACUAAGACCCUAUAAAUGUCCUAUCUGCCACAAAGGUUUUACAUGUAAAAGAAUUUUAAAAGGGCAUCAGCUAAUUCAUGCUAAGAAGAAAUGACCUCAGUUAAAUGCACUUACUGAAGGAAUAGUACUAGCAUACUGAGAAAUCAGAAAAGUCUGUGGAAGUGGCACAUUUCUUUCUGAAUUCCUAUGCAGCAGCAAUUCAUUGUUUACUUAAACUAGAAAUAAAAAAGAGUUGCAGCAAACAUACUUAGCUGUAUACAGGAUUUGUUGCAGAUUGUAGUAAUUUACAUAAAACUCGAUCAUGGCAGUAAAGCAGAAGGGUAGUAAAACGAAUUACUCAGAGCUAAGGAUUACAUGUUGCUAAUCAAAGCCACAGUAACUGGAAGAAUUGGACCCCUGGGAUCCCACCUGUGUCCCUGCUGGACAGGAAAAACAGGUGCUGA